GGCACGGUCCCCUUUGUUUGGACAGCCUCCGCUCCGACAUCUGCGGGGAAGGACACGAUAGCACUUUGAGCCCGGAGUUAGCAACGAGGGCGAACAUCAACGCAAGUACAAAGCUAGGACGAACAGCAGCGCUUGCGACGAGGGAAAAGAGCCAUGUCGGCACCCCACCUCCCUCCCAGCACGCGGUUGCCGAGCCAGCGACAGCCGAGCACUGCCUCGCAGCAGCAACAGCAGCAGCAGCAGCAGCAAUACACCCGAUCGCCAUCAGGGCAGCAUCGGCAACCGAUCGUGCAGGGCUACUAUGCCGACGACGGUGCCAAUCCUGCGCGAAUGGCCUACGAUGACUCGCGCUCCAGCGGCAGCUCCACCAGCACCUCGUACCAGAACUACUACGGCCAGAGCCAGCAGAGCCCAUCGACGAGCCGAGGAGGAGGGAGCAGAGCAGGCGGCGGCGGCGGCGGCCAGGAUCGCUGGUCCAACAACACGGGCGCAACGUCUGACUACACACCCACGUCGAGUCCCGGCGUCUCCAAGAUUGACGACCUCAUGCAGGACCUCGAAAGCACAAUGAGGAACUUUGGCGAAGCUCCUGUCGCGACGCACGAUGACGGAAGCAGCCGCGUGCGAGAGGCGCAGGCUCGUGCGCAAACGUCCACAAAUAGUAGCAGCAACAGCAACAGCAACAGCAACAGCAACAGCAACAGCAACAGCAGCGGCAGCAGCAGCUACACGGGGAGCAACAGCAGCAAUGGCCGCCUGGGCCUCAUGAACAAUGGCGUGCGACCGAGCUCGUCUGCGUCGGGCAUCAUCUCUCUGUAUGCGCACACGGAUCACGACAGCUCAUCAACGUACGGCUACGACGGCUCGCACGAUUCUGCUGCUGCUGCUGCUGCUGCUGCUGCUGCGCCCAUAGCGACCGCCAUGUCGGAUCCCCACGAUGUCUAUGCGCCCUCGUCCUCUUCCUUCUCCUCAUCGAGGAAGGGGUACAGGCCACUGCCUCGACCACCGCCGCCGGCUGUUGAGGUACACAGGCCGCCGCAACCUGUCCAGCCCCCACCGCAGGCUGAGCCCACCUCGUCGAGCUCUUCGUCCUCGUCGUCUUCUUCCAGGAUUGCUGCAACCGGCUAUGGGCACGACCGUAUGCUCUCGGCCAGCUAUGGGCAGGAAGGGCCGCCUCCGAGCUGGAGCCCCUCGACGAGCACUUACCAUCUCCCAUCGGGCUCGACGACGCCAGUCAUGGGCCAGCGAGCUCAACUCACCUCCUUUCCAGGCGACGAUGGCACGGGUGUCGCCACCGCCAGCCACGCGCCUGCUCUUGGCGAAGGCUACAGUGCAAGCGACUACUACGCCCAACAGCAGCAGCAGCAGGGCUAUGGCCCCGAUGGCCUGGGCCUGCAUCACUCGACGCCGGAUCACACGACGAGCAGCAAUGGCAAUGGCCACGGCCACGGCCAAAGCACGCGCGAUUGGGACACCGAUCUCGCCAGACGGGCCUCCCUUGCUGGCUGGUCCGCCGCACUGCCAAACUCCGCCAGCCAGGUCAACGUCUCGUCGAUGACGCCGGACUCGGACGAGCGCGAGAGGCAGUCGCCCUGGCAGGACUCAGCAGCACGUGCGACGACGACGACGACGACGACGACGACGACGUUCUCGACGCCGGCCUCGUCAUACCCCUCUUCUUCGGAAGAAGGGACGUCUGGGAGAAGGAAGCCGCCGCUGCCACCAGCCCCGGCCCAGGCGUAUCUCGAGAGCCUCCAGGAGCCGGACCGGAACAGGCACGCGGCACGCGGCAAUUAUGGAGCCAACGACGGCGCGGCGACGUCGAGUGCUUCCUACUAUACCGAAUCGCCGUCGUUGUAUCAGAGUGCUGCGGCCACUCAGCCAUUUCAGCAACAGCAACCCCAGCAGCAGCAGUCCGGCUACGGCACCCCACCGGCGUGGGACGAGCGCGCAGACGAGGCCAAGAGACGGGCUCGACCGCCGCCUCUGGCGCACCAAGCUACUGCUGAGAGCCAGACGUCGUCGUCGUCAUCAUCGUCGUAUGUCGCCCCAGCGCAGCGGUACGGGGCUCCCUUGUACGACACUGCCCUCCUGUCGCCGAGCGCAAUGUCUGCUGGGGGUGGACAGUCGCAGUCGGCGAGGGGCAUGACCGAUCGGCGCGACAUCCUGGUGGGGACCCGAACCAACGAGUGGGGCGAGCAGGAGGAACUGGAUCUGUCGCUGCUCUCGACGGUCGCCCUGCUCCUGCGCGACUCGGUGCCGAGGGGCGUGCAGAUCAAGGGAAGCGUCAGCUACCCGUUCAGCUUCACGGGCAAAGACGUCGUGUCGACGAUCCAAGCCCUCGUCCCCCGCGAGCACCUCGCCUGGGCCGCGGGCCUGGCCUCUGGAUCGUUGGACGAGGCACGGGAACGCAGGAUCGCGCUCCUCAUUGCCAAGUCGCUCAAGUCUCAGCUCUUCUUCCACGAGGUCGACUGGGGCACAAACGACCUCUGCGACGGUGUCGAAGAGGUGUACAUGUUCCUCGAAGACAGCCUCGCGGGGCCCGAGGGUGCCGAUGGUCGAUCGACAGGCGGCAGGGGGGGCCGGCGAGGCGCGGCCAACGACUUUGAACGCGAGCUGCAGCUGGCCAUGCACGGUGGCGUCGACGACUCCAAGGGCAAGGGUGUCGCACAGACGAACGCAGACCUCGACGAGCUGCCAACGGGCAUCUUUACGCCCCUGACGGCGUGCUACAGCCCCCUGUGUGGCAAGCCUGGCUCGCCGGCGGGUGCGAGCUGCUACAGCGGGGCAUGUCCACGAGCGAGAUUCAGCCCCUUGGACAGAUCCAUGUCGUCGUCACUGAGGCAUGCCGACGCAUCGCUCUCGCCCGCACUCGCCUCUGCAGCCGAAGGUGCGGCGAGCCGGGCAGCGGGCAGCGGCACCGUUGCGGGCGCCCGCGCGCAGGCGGGCGCAUCCCACAUGGCCGUCGCAUGGGCCGACACGGUGCCCAAGGAGCUGCUGUCCAGCAUCCCACGGCGCGAGGUCAAGCGGCAGAAUGCGAUCCUCGAGACGAUUCAAAAGGAGGAAGAGUUCCUCCACGACCUCGAGCUCCUCGACUCGCUCUUCCUCCACCGUCUCCAGCGGCCCAGCGUCGCUGGUGAUCCUCCGCCGAUAGCGAUCGGGCCUGCGCGGGACCACUUUAUCGCCGAGGUCUUUUCCAACCACCGCGAGCUCGUCGGCCACAUUCGCAGGCUCGUCGAGAGGCUGCAUGUCCGCCAGAGGGAGGAGCACCCCGUCGUGCAGUCCAUCGGCGACAUCUUUCUCGAUGCCAGUCUCGAGUGGGGUGGCGCGUUUGACACCAACAUGACCAAUUUCCCCAUUGCCAAGAACCGCAUCCAGCGAGAGGCCAGCGUCAAUCUCCGGUUCAAGGACUUCCUCGAGGAGUGCCGACGCGACCCAGCGUGCCACCGACUGCCGAUGGACAACUUCUUGCAGAGGGCCACGACGAGGCUGCCCAGAUACGGCUUGCACUUCAAGUCGAUCCUCAGCGACACGGAGGAGAGCAACCCGGACCGCGAGAGCCUGGCGAGGGCGAUUGAGAUUGUCGAUGAGCAGUGCAAGGCGAUCCAGAAGGGCGUGGCGGCGGCAGAGGUCAAGGUCAAGAUCCGAGAGUAUGCCUACAACCUCGCGACGAAGCGAAACAAGGCAGCGAUAGACAUGGACCUCCUCAACCCAGAACGGCAGCUGGUCCAUCAGGGUAAAGUCAACCGCAAGCCCGACUUUACCGACUUUGAGUGGCAGGACCUCUUGGCCGUCCUCUUUGACAACUACCUUGUCGUGACCAAGACAAAGACGCGGCAAGAGGGCGAUCAGUCGUCGUCGAAGUUCGUCCUUGCGAAACGGCCUAUUCCCGUCGAGAUGAUGGAGCUGUCGGGCUUCAACGAGCCGUCGGUGUCCAAGUCGAUUGGGCUGUCCAACUUUCCCCUGCACCUCCGAUCCACCACGGCCGAAAGGGAGUCAAGGGAUGUCUUUCCCUUUACCGUCCAUCACAUCGGAGGCAAGCUGGAGCCCCUGACGCUGUACACGCCCUCGAAGCAGGCCCGAGACGAAUGGAAGCACAAGCUCGAGGAGGCCAUCGGUCUUCGUGCGGCCGUGCAAGAGGCCAACAAGGUCUUUGACACACACACGCUUAGCGAGGACGUCUUUGCCAUCCCCACGGCCAGUGCGCUGGACCAGGAAAGGCCUCCGCCGGGUGUCGACCCGAGUGCCUUCCACGGCAAAGUGACGUGCGCGGUUCCCUUUGCGACCGCCGACGGCCGACGCUUGGUCGCCAUCGGGUGCGCCGAUGGCGUCUGGAUCGGCCUCCGCAGCGACCCGCGUUCGCUGAGAAAGGUGCUCCACCUCAAGCUCGUGACGCAGUGCGCCGUCCUCGAGUCCUUUGGCAUCUUUGUCGUCCUCGCCGACAAGAUCCUCAUCUCGUACAGCCUCGAGGCCCUCGUGCCCAGCGCGGGGGCCACCACGGCGCCGAAACCGCCACAGAAGCUGAGUGGGAACCGCGACGUGCUGCUGUUUAGCGUGGGCACCUUGAAGGAUCGCACGCUGCUGGUGUACAUGAAGAAAAAGGCAAACGAGAGCGUGUUCCGCGCGCUCGAGCCCGUCGUGGCCGGGACAAAGUCGGAGCACGUCAAGGGCGGCUCGGGUCUGUUUGGCAAGUUUGGCAAGGAGUCCAAGAGCUCAGACUGGUUCCGCAUCUACAAGACCUUCUUCAUCCCGUCGGAGGCGUACUCGAUGCAGUUCCUGCGCUCCAAGCUGUGCAUCGUCUGCGCCCGUGGCUUCGAGAUCAUGAACCUCGACAGCCUGCUACCGGGCACCAUCCCCGACUUUUCGCAGUCGCCGCGUGACGACCCGCGCAUUCAGAUGCUGGCCAAGCGCGUCGAGACAUCAAAGCCCCUGGGCAUGUUCAAGAACAGCGAGAGCGAGUUCCUGCUCUGCUAUGACAACUUUGCGUGCUACGUCGACCGGCAGGGUGAGCCCAUCCGGCUCGACAACAUCAUCGAGUGGGAGGGCACGCCACAGAACGUCGCCUUUCGGGCGCCCUUCAUCCUGGCCUUUGACGCUCGAUUCAUCGAGGUGCGGGAUUCGAGCUCGGGCAAGCUCGUCCAGCUCAUCAAGGCCACGGAUCUGCGCUACGUCUCGGGCUCAUCGACGCUCGCCUCGACGACGUCUGUCGGGCACGGCAUCGACCACGAGGACAGCAUCAUUCUCGUCCAGCGCAAGAGGUCCUCGGGGUCAGCAAGGCACCUGUACGACUACCAGCGCGUGUUUGAGAUUGUCUCGAUGUUCCCACCGUUUCAGCAGCCGGGACCGAGCGCGAGCGCGAGCGCAAUCACGACGCCUACGACGACGUCGUCUUCCGCUGCGUCAAGCUUUGGCCAGCCAUACUACCAAAAUCCGUAUCAGCAGCCAAACCAGUCGACAGUCUCUUCGCUGACGAGGCAGGGCACCAGCAUGACGACGAGGACAUUCAAUUCCGGCGGGUCUUCAGCAGGAGGAAGGCCUAGCAAUGUCUCUGGGUGGAUCUGAGGCAGUGAAA